AUGGCCGAUCCACCAACACCUGGACCGUCGAACACGGCUUUCCCAUCUGCGAUCUCACAAUCACGACCCACUGCUCCAGAUACAUUUCAUCCUGUUCCCAUACCGAAAGAACAGAAAAAUGUAUCUGGAAAAGUGCCUACACCACCUCAUCAGGAGGACGGUGAAGGCGAAGGUCCUUCAACAUAUGAUUAUACGGAAAACGCUCCUCAAGCAGUAGUGGAUGCUAUAGCUAAUGAACGUGAACGGGAAAGGAAAGAAGGUCCUCAGGAAAUGAUGGUUGGUAGUUGGACAAGUUGGGCAGGGGGUGAACAUGACGGCGGAAUCAUACCUUCAUCAAUCACAAGAACGCAUAUGGCCGGAUCAAGAAGAGCCUCAAUAGCUUCACGUUCAUCUUUCAACUAUGGUAGACCUUCCGGUUCCUUCCGUCGACAAAACUCAUCCCAAGUGGACUUGCUUCAAUCCCCUAGUUCUGGGGUCUUCAUGAUUGAUUCCGAAGAUGAAGAUCAUUCUACCGGACAGAGGAUGGGUAGAUCACACAGCAAAAGGCAAACUAGAAGUCAUAGUCGUGCUCAAUCGAAUCAAGUGCAAGCUCAAGAUGAUUCAUCAAAUGGGUAUUUCACCUAUAGACCUGAUGAUAAUCAUGUACAAUCGCCUGCUGAAUUCGAGGGUGAUCAUGAGUCAGUUCCGAUGAGUCCAGCCAAACCGUCCACUGCAUUGGGUAGAAUAGCUUCGUAUAUUGGAUUCUCACGGAAUGAAGUCCAAGAUGAAGAAGCUGGACUAGAUCGUCACGGCAGAUCAUAUUCACACUCAAGAUCAAGAAGAGGAUCAGAUGCUUCAGAUCGUGGCUCAUUACAUAGAUCAAGAUCAGCUUCAAGAAGUGACGAAGAUGAUUGGUACGGAGAUGAAGAUGAUGAUGAUGAAUCAUACGUUUCAGAAAGAGAUGGUGAAGAAGGUUAUACUUCAUCUUUAGCUGAUGAUACUUCCUUACCACCCCAAUCUCGUCCACAUUCACCUUCAAUGCCUCUAGUCCCAUCUGCAACAGAUGGUAUAUUUGGUGAACCAAAUUCAAGACCAUUUGACAUGAUAGAACCAAAGGAUUUCGUUAGUGUAGCAGUACCCUCGAGACAGACUAUAGUACUGCCUGAUGAAGAUUUAUCUAUACGGUUUACCUCUUAUAGAACAGAUCCAUUCAGGAAUGCUAUCUGGUGGGCAGGUUGUAUCAUCACAUUUGGAGCUUUGGGUUUAUUGGGUAGAUGGAUACCCAAGAUAUGGGUCAACUUCUUGGGAAAAGAAGUUGCUUUCGAUGAAGCGAAGCAUGGUAGUUGGCUUGUCGUAGAGACACCAUACGGCGACUUACACAUUAUACCGCUAGAGAUCAUUCCUUAUCCUUAUCCCUUGUCGACAGUAUUCCCUCAACAUGUAUCUGCUGCCGGGGGACCUCCAACAGCAGGGUCGUCUACCGCACCUUCCCUUCGAGGACAGAACGGCUCACCAAAUCCAAAUCAUGCUUUGAACGGCGAAUCCGCUGGUGGAGUAGGAGGAGCUAAAGAUUUGUUACCCGAUUUAGAACCUGGAAAAACAACUUGGGAAGAGACAAUGGGUUUCUUGAAGAUAAUGGAAUAUCGUUAUACCAAAUUCGCGCUUGAUCCGGCUACAGGUAGAUGGGCUAUGAUUAGAGAUUGGAGAGAUCCUAAAUGGACUUCUGCUCGAUCCGUAGCUCACGGAUUAGAAAGACCUAUCAGAGAACAAAGAAUGGUCUUGAUGGGAGAUAACAUCAUUGAUAUCGCCUCAAAAUCGAUUUUCGGUUUACUCAUUGAUGAGGUUCUUCAUCCAUUCUACGUUUUCCAAAUAGCGUCUAUCGUUCUUUGGUCCCUUGAUGAUUACUACUACUACGCUUUCGCAAUCGCUUUGAUAUCCAUAACAUCAAUCUUAUCCACUUUGAUCGAAACCAAACGGACCAUUGAACGAAUGAGGGAGAUGUCUAGAUUCCACACCGAUGUUCGAGUAUUAGUGGAUGGAGAAUGGACAAUAAUGGAUUGCGCGAAAUUGGUACCCGGAGAUAUAUUCGAUGCUUCAGAUCCAAAUUUACCAGUCUUCCCAUGUGACGCUAUCCUACUAUCUGGAGAUGCAAUCGUCAACGAAUCAAUGUUGACAGGUGAAUCUGUACCCGUCAGUAAGAUACCAGUCAAGGAUGAAGCUUUAAGGAUAAUGUCAAGAGAAAGUAAACAAGGAUCUUCAGAGAUUAAUGGUGAUUUAGCUAAACACUAUUUGUUCUCUGGUACCAAAAUAAUUAGAGUAAGGGCUGGGGCAAGACCUCCUUGGGCACCAAAAUCUGAAGAAGCAAUCGCUUUGGCUAUGGUGACUAGAACAGGAUUUAAUACUACCAAAGGUGCCUUGGUAAGAUCUAUGUUAUUCCCAAAACCUAUGGGAUUCAAAUUUUAUCGAGAUUCUAUGAACUUCAUUGGUGUCCUAACGAUCAUUGCGGGUUUGGGUUUUGCUGUUUCAGCUGUACAAUUUAUUCGUAUCGGAAUCCAUUGGCAUACUAUCGCCCUCCGAGCUCUGGAUCUCAUUACUAUCGUAGUACCUCCUGCGCUCCCAGCAACUCUGACCAUUGGAACUACAUUUGCUAUUGAAAGACUGCGGAAAAGUGGAAUAUUCUGUAUUUCUCCCAAUAGGGUGAAUAUAGGAGGUAAAGUCAAUGUGGUAUGUUUCGAUAAGACAGGUACAUUGACAGAAGACGGAUUAGAUGUCCUGGGAGUACGGACCAUCGACAGACAGGAUCAGAGAUUUUCGGAAUUGCAUUCUGAAAUUCAAGACGUUCCAACCGAAGGUGGAUCAAACGGUAAAACACCUUUAUUAUACGCUUUAGCAACUUGUCACGCCCUCAAAUUGAUUGAUGGCGAAGUGAUCGGUGAUCCAUUAGAUAUCAAAAUGUUCGAAUAUACAGGUUGGACUUUGGAUGAAGGUCAAUCAAGACCUAUAACUUCUUCGUCUUCGUCUAAGAAUGUCUCAUCUCAUUCUACUCCCAAGAACAAUACCGAGAAUGUGGGUAGUAUGUCAAAACCUCAAAGUCUUAUUCAAACUGUUGUGAGACCACCAGGAUCCGAUAGAUGGAAAAUCGAAGAUGUGAUGAAAUCUGGUAAUAAACACGCUCACUUCCUCGAGCUUGGUGUGAUCAGAACAUACGAUUUUGUGUCAGCUUUACGUAGAAUGAGUGUUAUCGUCAAGCGAUUAAAAUCAAAUAGUAUGGAAGUAUAUGUUAAGGGUGCUCCAGAAGUAAUGCCUGAUAUUUGCGAUCCGUCAACGUUCCCCCUCGAUUACGAUGAUAUGCUCUCAUACUAUACUCGCAACGGUUUCAGAGUUAUUGCAAUCGCUGGUAAAUCUAUAGAAGGCCUAACUUGGCUCAAAGCUCAGAGAAUGAGACGUGAGGUGGCAGAGUCAGACUUACAAUUCCUUGGUUUCAUCGUGUUCGAAAACAAGCUCAAACCUAAUACCGCACCCAAUAUUCAUACCUUACGAGCAGCCCAUUUAGCUUGUCGAAUGGUAACAGGUGAUAAUGUCAGAACCGCUAUCUCAGUAGCCCGGGAAUGUGGUCUAGUAUCGCAUUCGGCAAGUGUAUACAUCCCAACUUUCAUUCAAGGUACUGGAACCUCUGAAGGUGCAAGACUCGAUUGGUCUUCGGUCGAUGACGAGAGACAUAAAUUGGAUGAUUAUACUUUGAAACCUGUCGUAACUCAAAUGGGAGUUACAAUGGACGGUCAAGAUCCUGAGUCUCAUGAUUAUCAAUUAGCUCUGACUGGUGAUGUCUUCAAAUGGAUGUUGGAAUUUGCAGAAUUUGAAACCAUGGAAAGGAUGUUGGUCAAAGGCGUUAUCUUCGCUCGGAUGUCCCCGGACGAAAAGGCAGAACUUGUCGAACGGCUUCAAGCACUGGGAUAUACAGUAGCAUUCUGUGGUGAUGGAGCGAACGAUUGUGGUGCUCUCAAAGCUGCAGAUGUCGGAGUAUCUUUAUCUGAAGCAGAAGCAAGUGUAGCCGCACCGUUUACUUCUAGGAUACCCGAUAUUGGUUGCAUGGUCGAGAUCAUCAAAGAAGGAAGAGCGGCUUUAGUGACCAGUUUCAGUUGUUUCAAGUAUAUGGCACUUUACUCCAUGAUUCAAUUUACCACUGUCACGUUGCUUUAUUCAUUUGCUUCCAGUUUGGGAGAUUUCCAAUUCCUCUAUAUCGAUCUCUUUGUCAUCAUUCCAAUUGCUGUCGCUAUGGGUCGAACAUUACCCUACCCGAAAAUCCAUAUCAAGCGACCAACAGCAAGUCUCGUAUCAAGAAAAGUAUUGAUCAGUAUCAUUGGUCAAAUCGUGCUUAAUUCCGCUGUGCAAAUCCUCGUUUUUGUUUGGGUUAGAAGACAACCUUGGUAUACUGCACCGGACACGAACGUCGAUAAACUAGAAACCUUCAAUUACGAGAAUUCAGCUCUAUUCCUAGUCUCAUGUUUCCAAUAUAUCUUGGUCGCUGGAGUGUUUAGUGUAGGACCACCUUAUAGAAAACCUUUAUACACUAAUCCUUCACUCGUAAUCUGUCUUCUUGGUUUAGGAGCAUUCUCGACUUACGUUUUACUAUCACCUGCUCAACCUAUAGCGUUGAUAUUGGAUAUAAUUCAACUACCACUCCAAUUCAAAUUCGAACUCUUAGUCAUCGCAGUCAUCAAUAUAGCCGCCGCGUUUGGGUUUGAGAAAUUCGGUGAGAAACCUAUCGGUAGAAUGAUAGUAGCAAUUAAGAGAUGGAGAGGAAGAAAGAGAGGAAGAGGUUAUAGGGCUAUCGAAAGGGAAGUUAGGUAA